UCAAGCCCGAUUGUCGACGAACAAUAUUGCCGCCCCACCACGACCGUUGUGCUCGUCUUACAAUUUCGACGGCCAUACCUGCAAAUACCACGAAGAAGGGGAGUGUGCUCACCACGCUCCGAGUUGCGUGCAAAGACACGAGUCUCUGGCAACCGUAAAAUCUCAAGUCCCUGAUAUAACAUCCCAUGCCCUCUCCCAAAGUACCCAGUAAUGAUUCUCUACUGCUCUCGGGCGACUCACCGGGCCCGCGAGUACAGUGGAGAGUUGGACCCCCAUUAUCGGCAGGCCAAAACGGGCAAAAUACAGCCCAGUCUUCAACUUCUGAUUCCUCCUUAAGCAAGAAAAAGAAGAAACAUGAGAUACGAGAGAAGAUAAUCAACGGAUUUGACAGUGAUAGCGAAGAUGAAUUAGACGUAGGGGAGGAAACGAAGCCCAAAACUAACGUGAUCGGCGAGGUGGCUGAAGAGCCGGACCUGGAUGGCGAACUGGCUGCGCUGGUCGAGGAGCAGGAAGUGGAUGAGUUGGAAGACGAUGAUGACGAUGUCAAUGAGCAGAUAAUGCAAAAGAGGAGUGUGUCAAUUGAUGAUGACAUCUCGGGGGAGCUUUUAGAACUCGCUUCGGGACCACCAAAGAAAAAGAAAAAACAGGCCAUGGCACCUCCUUUAAGCCAUCGACCUUCCGCACAAUCACAGCGAUCGUUGUCGAAGUCGCAAGUGACCCCUGUUCAAAUCACUUCGCAUCGAGUUUCCAGACACGUACCUCCUCCCUCUGUCGCUCCUCGGCCCACACCUUCGGUUUUACAGCAUUUCCCAUCUACUCCAAAUACAACCAUCCCUUUCAUUCCGGGUUUUCCUAUGAACACCACUAUCAUUUCGACUGCUAACGACCCUUACUCUUCCCCACUUCAGAUUUUGGCGCAAUCCCUUCCUUCGCCGGAGAUGCAAAAUAUCCUUUUUGGUACAUUCUUUUCAGACCCUAUCUUGACGGAAGGUUUGUCCCUUCUUCAACCUCAAUUUAUGGAUCAUUUCAAUAGAUUCAUGGAAAGGAGGCCUGCGCGUCUGCAGCGUGGUGACGCGACUACCUUGGCUUUGACUUUUAUCAUUUUGGCAUCUGCACUUCGUAUUCUGCCAGAAGAAACCAGCCGUUUACUUCUUGCGAGUCAUGGGGGCAGUAAUGCACCGUCACAGAUCCCGCGAUCCUUGGCAAAGAUCAUUUCGGGUCAGUCCGUAUCUGCUGCCGAUAUCACUCCUCUCGAUCAGCGGUAUCUGGAUCUUGCUCUUCUCAGCGCCCAAAUAGCUGAACAAGCCGAUACAUACUCGAUUAUGUUGGUCAUGUUCAAGCUUGUUUCGUAUAGAUAUUGGAUGCUCGGUCACAGAAGAGAGGAGUCUGUGUUGGCCGGUACAUGGUUAGCGCAAGGUAUCAAAAUAGCUCAAGCGUUAGGUUUUGGGAGGGAGUGGGAAGGCUUACCUCAAGGGGAUAGAGAGCUUAGAAGAAGGCUAAUGUGGUCAUUAUACAUUGCUGAUAGACAGUAUUCAUUCGAAACUUCACUUCCUUAUACAAUCCUGGACGCUCACCAAGGUAUCCAGCUCCCAUCUCCCUUGUCAGAACCCGAUCUAUACCGUGUGCCUCAGGAUGCCCGAGAACUUCCCUCCGUCCCGCCCGAUUCUCCUCCCACUCCAUGCACCGCUCUCUUAGCUCAUACUCAUCUCGCUCGUCGCGUCACUGCCAUGCUCGACUCCUUCGCCACCAUAUCUGCAUCCAAUAUCUCCCCUGACAUGGUACACCAUUAUGACCAAAUUUUGGAUACUUUUCAAGACAGCCUCCCUCCUUUCUUCAAGGUAUUUCCGAUGACGGAUAGUCGAUAUGACGCAAGCUUUCCCUACCUUCCGCUUCAGCGUGUCAGGCUUCACACUGCCUUGUUUAGUUACCGAUGUGGGUUGCAUCGGGCUCAAUUACCGGCUUACUUGUGGCCUACAACAUCUGCCACCGCUCGUCAGGUCGUGGCCCAAAUAUCACUAUCUUCCCUUCGAGUCCAACGGUCGGCAAGGAUGCUUGAUGCAAAAGUGGCGUUCCGCCUAUUCAGCCCUGUAACCGUCUUUGAGAAUGCUGCCACUCUUUGCCUUAUUAUGUAUAUAGAUAAAGCGGUCAGCGCUGAUGCGGGAUUGUCCCCAGGCCCACCAAGGUCGGCGGAGUUUAUGGGUAUGAGAGCUGGAGUGGCAGAAGCACUAGAACUGUUGGAUAUGACUGGCGCGGGCGUAGAUGCCGUGGCAUUGUUCUCGAAGAAGGCUACGGUGGUAAUUAGAGGCAUGGUAUCGCAUGUCGAUGCCCCUUUGGAGUCGGUUUUUAUUCAAGCGCCCGCUUCCUCACGACGCUCAGCAAACGGCGAUAUGCCUUCUCCUACCAAGUCAAAUGUAAUGUCUGGCGGCGGACAUCAACCCCAUCAUAUGACAAGCGACAAUCACGCUCGUUCUGCCGGACCUUCCCCUGUAGCCUCAACACACCCUGCACAACCUGGAGGAACACCCGUGAAUAACGUUACAUCUGUGUCAUCUGCGGCCGCAAAGUCAGCAGGAGCUGGCGCGAUGGAUGGGCCGCUUGGGCCAUAUUCAGCAAAGGCGGCUGCAUGGCUGGAGAGCCUCCUUCAAGGAGGACCAGAUCUAGAAAGAUUGCUAAGGGAGGCAGAGUGGGUAAAUGGAUGGGAAAGAGUCAUCGCAACGAUGUAACACGAGAGCUUGACAGCUGUGAUUCCUUGAUAUACAUCAAGGGCUUUGUGGAAAGAUAUUAUUUGUGCCUGUACUAUUAGUACAUUUCAUUUCAGUAUCUAUGUUCACUACUGUGAUGAUCGCCGGCCGAGAAUGGCAUUACAUACAGCUGCAGUUUAAAGAGGCACAUAAUUGAUGGUUGAUACGAUACAGGGUCAGAAGUCGGGUCAGAGGAAGAACCCAAUGACCGAUUAUACUGGCGAGAGAUAACCAGGACAUCGACUGGUACCGAUGCCCCUACUAUCAUCGUCGAGGGCUGCUGUAAUUUCGCGGCAUCCUUACAUGACAGUACAAUCGUUGCAAAAUGGAACAUCGUCACUGUUUUUCUCCCUCUGCCUUCGAUUAUGGCCCGACUUAUCCUUCUCCUUCAUUUGUUUUAUUUGUUUUGGUCGCGGUGGUUGAGGUGGUGAGAGAAAUGGGCCUUCGAGAAGCUUUCGAGCAGCUAGAGAUAUCCGCUACAACGCACAACUUUUCAUGAGCGAGUCAGAAGGGGAUCUCGUAUUUGAUGCUUACUUGUUCGUCCUUCCGCACGAGCUUGAUCAAUUCGUUGAAUGCUAC